AGGGCUUUUUUCUUCCUUUCCUUUCCUCAUAUGUGCAGCUGUGGCGUUAUUUUAAGGAGAUUGGCAGAGCAGAAAAUCAGUGAUCUCCUCGGAUGAAGCCUCUGAUUCUAGUUCUUGUAGCAGUGGUCCUGUAGAUGAAGAUUCGUUUAUGUUUGAUUUGAGGAGAAGUUCUUCAAAACAAGCCUGUGGGACUCCAAUGAAGAAGCUAUUAGCAGAAGAAUUGUCAAAAGAUAUGGAAUCCAAGCGACGUCCUCCAAGUGUUAUUGCAAGAUUGAUGGGCCUUGAUGCAUUGCCAUCUCAGCAGCCUGUUCAUGAACAACCGAAAGUGUUCUCGAAAAACUACCUACAAAAAACUGCAUCUAUAGCUUUUCAAGAGAAGAAACCAUCGCAUGAGGCCCGUUUCUCAAGAAAGAAGCAUGUCAAGGAGGCUCAGGAAUUCAAGGAUGUCUUUGAAGUCAGGGAAACAUCAAAGGGAGAGAAGCAGAGUAAGCCAUCAAUUCAGAAAGGCAUAGGAAACUCUAAACCUAGUGAUUCAAAGAUGGCAUUCAUUAGGCAGAAGUUCAUGGAUGCAAAACGUCUAUCGACUGAUGAAAAGCUUCAACAAUCAAAGGAAUUCCAUGAUGCACUAGAUGUGUUAGACUCCAACAAGGAUCUCUUACUGAAAUUUCUUCAAGAACCAGAUUCUCUAUUCUCAAAGCAUUUACGUGAUCUCCAUGGUGCCCCACCCACUCACCAAUUUGGUCACAUAACAGUCUUAAAAUCAUCAAAUGCUUCAAUGCAUGAACACCCUGACAUAUGCUGGAAAGCUGGGCGAAAAACUGACCAGGGGGAAACUAUAAACUUGAUGCCGAAAGACUUUGGCCAUGGCCAUGGUAGAGAUGGUGCCUACAAUUCAUCUAAGAACAUGAAAUCUCGGUUUGAAGAGAAGGAUGAGGACUGUGUUCUUCCUACGAGGAUUGUUGUUUUGAAGCCCAACCCUGGAAAGGCACAUAUUACAUCAAGAUCUGCCUCACCAAGUUCUUCCGUAGGCUUCCAUUCUGAGAAUCAUCAGUUGUCUGCUGAAGUGUGGGAUAGAAAAAGUUCAUCAAACAAUGUGAGGCAUAGGUCUAAAAGUUCCAGAGAAAUUGCAAAGGAGAUUACUAGACAAAUGAGACAAGGUGUAAGCAAUAGUUCUAUAAGGGCAUCCAGCUCACGUCUUAGAGGUUAUGCUGGGGAUGAGAGUUCAUGUAGCAUGUCGGAGGUUGAUUCUGCAAAUGAAUCAGAGGCCGUGCCACCAACUUCUAGAGAUAUCCUUGAGUGGAAGAACAGGUACAGUCCAUCAUCAUCAUGUUCAACUGAGUCAUCUGUAAGCAAGGAGGCAAAGAAGCGACUCUCAGAAAGGUGGAAGAGGACUCGCCGAUAUCAAGAAGUGGGAUUGGUUGGCAAGGGCAGCACCCUUGGUGAAAUGCUUGCUAUGCCUGAUAAAGAAACCCAGCCAACGAUGUUGGGGUCAGGUGAUGGAUUGGCAAGGACUGAUGGAAUUGCAAGGUGGGGUACCCCUAUUGGUAUUAGCAGUAGAGAUGGUUGGAAAGAUGGCUAUCCUAAACAUCUGCCAAGGUCCAAAUCAGUUCCAGCUUCAUUUACUUUGUUUGAAAAUCCAAAAUCUGGCAUUGCUCAUGGAGCUGUUGGGAAUGACAGCUGGUUGAUGUCAAAGGCUAUCAACCGGGGACCUCAUAAUUUAAUAAUUAAAAAUUCCAACCGCAUUGAAGAUUCAUUCCUCAGGGACCUAAGCUACAAGAAUGGCAAAUCUCACUCUUCUUUUAGAACAAAUUGGGAGAAUAAUCAUGCUGAACAAGAAACUCAUCCAAGGCUGGAUGAACCAAGAAAGAAUCUGGUAGAAAGGGAUCAACCUGAGCAGAAACCUAUUAUUCCUGAACCGCUCUCUUGUGAUGUGGCAGAUAAGAGGCCAAUUGUUGAGGAAGUGGUAGUUUCUGAGAUGUGGGACAUAAACAGCCUUGCCGAAACCCCUGAAGAGGAACUGCCUGAAUCGGCAGCCUGUAUCAUAUUAGAGAACGUUGAAGCCUCCUCUGUUCAUGAUGCUAAUGAAUCAAUUCUAAAGAAAGAACCAGACCAAUCCACUGAGAAAGGAUUGCUCUCUGCAAACUAUUCUUUACCCGAGCCAGAAUCUCCAGCAAGCUCCAAAGAGGUUGAUCAGCCUAGUCCAGUUUCAGUUCUGGAGCCACCAUUUGAGGAAGACAUCUCAUCUGGUUCUGAGUGUUUCGAGAGGGUCAGUGCUGAUCUAAAUGGACUUCGGAUGCAGCUUCAGCUUCUCAAGUUGGAGAGCUCAGAUCCAUAUGCAGAUGGAAUAGAAAUGUUUGUGUCAAGUGAUGAAGACAUUGGAGAAGAAUCUGUUGGUCAUUUAGAAGAGAAAGGUGACCAUUUGAGCUUAUUGAUCACUGGAGAAAAUCGAGACUACUUCUAUGUUGUUGAUGUGUUUGUUGAUUCGGGUUUGGAUUUUUUGGAUCGGGAAAUGGUUUUGGCAGCUUUGCACUCACCGGAAUGCCCUGUAGAUCCCAGGGUGUUUGAGAAGCUUGAGAAGAAGUGUCGUGAACAUUUGACAUGGCCAAGAUCAGAAAGGAAGCUGUUGUUUGAUCGUAUAAACUAUGGGUUAAUGGAGAUUCUUAGGCCAUGUAUGGAUCCACACCCCUGGGUUAAGCCAGCAAUGAAAAGACUAACCACUGGGUAUGAAGAGUCUCUAGUGGACGAGCUUUGGAAAUUGUUGGUGAACCAGGGACAGGAAGGAAGUAAUGACUCGUCGCAGAAGGUUUUGGGAACAGAGAUGAUGUGGCUGGAAGUAGGGGAUGAUAUUGAUGCGGUGGGUAGGGAAAUAGAGAAAUUGUUACUUGAUGAGCUGAUAGAAGAGGUUGUCAGCAUGUAAAGAGUAGUCACAAUUAGUGGUUUUCUCCUC